AUGCCGUCAUUCUCAUUUGACAGCUUCGCCGCCGUAGGCGCACCACAGUCCGCGCCGGUGUCGCCAGCGCUGUCUCGAUCAAGCAGUGUCUCUUCUAUCACUUCUCACAAGUCGGCGCCCCAUAGAACCCCGGUUUCGGCAGCGGGCAAGCUCGGAGAUCGUAGUCGUUCUGUCGCCGCGCCCGUAGGUGCUUCCGAUGGAAAGGAACAUGGCUUGAAGCAUUUCUUCUCGGCCCAAGGACGUGCUGAGCGGAAGGAAAAGAAACGGCUGGAAGAGGAGAAGCUUUCGCGCGUUGUCCUGACAUCCAAACAUGCUGCAACGGUCAAAACGAGGCUUCUUUUGGAGCAACGAACCGGGCAGAGAAGCAAGUCGGUCGGGCAUACAGCCGGUGUUGUCGGAACGACUCAAUCAGCUCAUUUGACAGCCGCACAGCAAGAAGAACGUCUCCCUCACUCUGGUCCGCCAGCGCUGCACUCGGCGCACAAAGUCAAAGAGAGAGACAUGCCAUUGCUCACGCGCAUAAUUUCGAUGGAUGAGCAGGACGACGAGGAAGAGAGACUGAGGCAGCAUCGGGACGACUGGCUAGUAAAGCGAGGAAACGCCAGCAUGGAAAAGGUCCGAGAGAUCACCAGCUCGACUGACGAUGAUGUUGUCGAGGUUUUGAACGGUCAGGUCGUCGAGAUCAACCUCACGCCGCAGUCAAGUUCUGAACCUCGUCCUGCACUUCGCCAGAGCAAAUCAGCAAACGAACACAUUUUGGAGUCUGGAACCGCAACGAAGCGGGCGUGUGGACGAGAUGAACCAUUUCGAUGUUGA